UCAGAAUGACCCCGCAGCCAAUGGCAGGCGAGAGAGGGGGCGGGUUUGUUUUCGCUUCGGUUCCUCACAAUAUUCUUCCCUGAAGGAGAGAGAGGAGGCUGGAGAGGCUGAAUUAACGAGGAAUUUGUUGAGAAGACAAAACUGGAUUAUCCUUGUGAAACAGAAGAUUCAACGAUGGAGCCUGUCCAUAUUAAACAGGAGAGACCUGUACUAGACUCAGUCCAUAUUAAAGAGGAGAGACCUGUACUAGAAUCAGUCCAUAUUAAAGAGGAGAGUCCUGAACUAGACUCAGUCCAUAUUAAAGAGGAGAGUCCUGUACUAGACUCAGUCCAUAUUAAAGAGGAGAGUCCUGUACUAGAAUCAGUCCAUAUUAAAGAGGAGAGUCCUGAACUAGAAUCAAUCUGUAUUAAAAGGGUUAUUCUCAAUUCUAACCCCUUAAGCAGCUUUCAGGACUCUCUUAUCUGUGGUGACUGUGGGAAGAGUUUCAGUCAGUCAGGGACUUUGAAAAGACAUCAGAGAAUCCACACAGGCGAGAAGCCACAUCACUGUGAUGACUGUGGGAAGAGUUUCAGAGAGCCAAGGGACUUCCAAAUACACCAGCGAAUCCACACUGGAGAGAAACCGUAUACCUGUGCAGAGUGUGGGAAGAGUUUCACGCAGUCGCAGAGCCUGAAACGUCACCAGCAAACCCACACUGGAGAGAAACUACACAUCUGUGGUGACUGUGGGAACAGUUUCAGUCAGUUACAAAACCUGCAACUUCACCAGCGAAUCCACACUGGAGAGAAACCGCAUGUCUGUGCUGACUGUGGGAAGAGUUUCAGAGAUUUACAAAGCCUGAAACUUCACCAGCGAAUCCACACUGGAGAGAAACGAUAUGUCUGUGGUGACUGUGGGAAGAGAUUCAGCUGGUCAAGCACAUUGAAAAGACACGAGCGAACCCACACUGGAGAGAAACUACACAUCUGUGGUGACUGCGGGAAGAGUUUCACACGUUUACAAAACCUGAAACUUCACCAGCGAAUCCACUCUGGAAGAGAAACCGUAUACCUGUGCUGA